AUGCUGACUUUCUUAGCCGUUAUCCAACGAGUCAAGUCUGCUUCCGUCACGGUUGAUGGCGAAUUGGUCUCCAAGAUUGGCCGCGGACUUCUCGUUCUCGCAGGCGUGGGACGAGAUGAUACAGAGAGGGACAUAGACACCAUGAUUACCCGGAUCCUCAAAGCUAGGCUAUUUCCGGGGGACAAUGAUGCACAGGCAAGGGCUCCAACAACAGAUAUUGACGGCGAAGUGCUUUGCGUAUCACAAUUCACACUCUUCGGCCAACUCAAGAAAGGGAAACAACCCGACUUCCACGAAGCAGCCAAGGCUGAAGUCGCGCGGAGUCUAUACGACUAUUUCUACCGGCGCCUAAGCGAAACCUACAAACCUGAGCGGGUCAAAAAUGGGGUUUUCCAAGCGAUGAUGGAUGUCGAGUUAAUAAAUGACGGGCCGGUGGGUGUAGAUUACCGCAGUGAGGAUGCGGCGGUCACCAUCGAGAUUGACACGCAAUUACCGAAGAAAGAGAAGAUCCCGGGCGAUGGGAAAGGGGAGACCUCGACGGAAUCCAAGGCAGAAAGGGUUGAGUUCCAAUUGCCUGCAUCGCUCCUGGAGUAA